AUGCCUAACCUGAUGUUGUCAAAGGUUUUGUCUGAGAUGGGUUGGGAUGGACAGUUCGCCAGUCCAGUGUCAAACCUCGAGAAUAAGGCUUUGGAGGAUGAGAUCCAGAGAAAACAGUCUGAGCUAGCCAAUGCAGAAAACAAUGUGAGCCAGCAGAGGGAGAGGAUCAGUGCUAUGAGUGAACAUUUGAAAAAUGUCCAGCAAGAGCUGAAUCACACACAGGCUUUGUACAGGGCUGUAGAGAAACAGACAGAGUCUGAGCUCCACUUCAAGGCCUUGGAUGAGAGAGAGACAGGAUGGCUACAUCAGGAGAAUUCCCAAGUGCAGAAUGAGCUGGUAUCACUGCGAGAGAAGAAGAACCCACAUGAGAACUACAUUUUCAAAGUCACACAGAAGAUAGAGGAGCUUAAGGCUCAGCUGAACUUGGACCAGCAGACUCUGGAUGCCUGCCUGGAGAAAUUGUCUCGCAAAGAUGAGGACACCAUGGCCAUCGUCAAAUACGCUCAACAAGACGAGAGCAGGAUCCGAGAGCUAACUCUAGGCAUGGAGAAGCUGUCUUUGGAGGCGAACCAAAAGAAAAAAGCUUUAGAAAAUGAGGUUACUGAGACCAUCAUGGCGCAGGUGGCUCUCGAGAAGACAGUUGAAAUGGUGCAGCAGGCCUACGUGGAGAGACAGGAGCUGAUCAGCCAGUGGGAGAACUCCAUUGAACAAAUGAUGAAGAAAGACCAGGAUCUGCAGCAGUGUGCUCUGCUUCUGGCUGAGACGAACCAGGCGAUCCAUGAACACAAAGCACUCAUAAACGAGAAGCAGAACUUUCUAGCUAACGAGAUAGAGAACAACAAGGACUGCGAGAAGAAGAUUGCUGCGUUAGACCGCCAGGCCAAUAGACUACGACAACAGUUUCAGGAGGAGCAGAACAACUGCACUCGUUUACAAGAUGAGCUGAUGAGCCUAAAGGGCAGGGUGGAUCGUACUGCUACAGACCUAGAGGCUAAGAGGUCCCACUUAGCGAGCCUCAAAAAGGACAUCAAAGAGAAAACGGCAAAAUUAAAGGAAGUUCAGCAGUACAACGUUGCGCUAGAAAAGAAGUUGCAAGCCAUGACUGAGGAGACGCUCAGUGUGGAGGAGAGAGCUGCUCAGAUGGAGCAGCUGCAUCAAGACCAGGAGAAACACCUCAAAGAAAUUGACACCCAUCUCCAGUGGGAACACAAGGUCCUCUUCCAGAAAAAGCAGGAGCUCCAGACACUGCAAGCUGAAGAGAAGAAUGUCCUAGCAGAAAUCUCUGGCAGUCGUGUAGCUCUGUCCAGCCUGGACAGCCACCUGAGGAAACUUGACCAAAGCGCUCUCAAGCAGCAGGAGUACAUCAACAGCCAGGAGUUCCAGCUUCAGCUUUUGGAGGCAAAGGUGGCUCGUCUGAGCGGCAGCAUGAACAAGGAGGAGAAACAGGCCCUGGAGAAGCAGGUUGCCGAGCUGAAUGAGGCUAUGAAGGAAAAGAAGAAGGCAGCUGCUUUGCUUGCAGCACAGCUCAAGAAGCUUCAGACCGACAUCCGCUGUGUGAGGAAAGAGAACGAGAAGACAGGGGCAGAAAAAAGAGACCUGAACACUAAGAUCGAUGAAUUGAACCUCGUUGAUGAAAUCUUGGAGAAAGACCUAAAGAAAAUUUGUCUCAAGAAACAGGACAGCAUAGUGGAAACCAAUAUCCUACAGCUGGAGUUGAAGCGUCUCAGGACUCUGCUUUACGACAAGGCGGAUGGCGUCCUGUCUCAGGAGAAGAGGAAGCUGCAACUGCAGACAGCCAUGAAGGAGCGGCAGGAGGAGAUAUUUGUCCAUCGGGAAAUGCACAGCAAGCAGCUCAAGAUCACUGAGCAGGAAAUGCAAGGACUUAGGAUCCAGUUGCAAGAAAGGCUGUCCAAAGUUGAUAAGAUGAAAAACAAGUAUGAGAUCGUUACCAUUUCCAUGGCUGCCCCAGAGGGCGAGGAAGAUAACUCACAAGUCUAUUACGUUAUCAAGGCGGCUCAAGAGAAAGAGGAGCUUCAGCGCAAGGGCGAUAAUUUGGACAUAAAGAUCCGCAAAGCUGAGAAGGAAAUCAAAGCAUUGGAAAACACCAUGCACCUGGUCAACAUUCAUAACAGCACCUGUCGCAAAUCCUUUGGCAAGGUCACAGAGUCCACUCCUGAGUAUCAAGAGAAGUUGAAGUUAGAGGAACAGGAAAAGGCAGCAGAAGAGAUGGUCAAGUUCAGAAGACGGCAAAUUAAAGAGCUGCAAGAAAACAUAGAGGUGAUGAAUGACUCAUUAAACAGCCUUAGACAGGAGGAAGAUGCUCAAUCAAACAGAAAUGCAGAUCUUCAAGCACGUAUUGCCUCUUUGAAAAGAGAGCUCAUUUCCCAGCAGGAGAAACUGGACAGAGCCAACAAACAGUCCACCAAGUUGAUAAAGGAGAUCCGCUCUGGUAAAAACACCACAGAAGAGACUUUUGAGGAACGUGACAUCAAGCUGAAAGAGCUGAAAGAAUGCAAGAAGACAGUCAAUAAGUUGCUUCUGGAAAUCAUGGAGCAACAGCCUGACCUCCGGUCGAUAUUAGAGAUGUACUUCCUGCAGGUCGGUCUUGCUCUUCCCUCUCCCUCUUCAACCCCAUCGGGCCGGUGCUCAAAGCUGAGCUCGGCACGUAGCUCUGUUUCUCUCAGAUCCUCAGGACCAUCAGCCCACAGCAGCCCCAGAGGCCCAGCAGUUCAGUCACCCUUGGUAAAGGUGAUUGAGCUAAAUCUUGGACCUUCUGUUACCUCUACACAUUCAUCUCAGUCUCCUGGGCCUGGCAGUGACAGCAACAGGAGCAGCAACAGCACCAGGAACACCAUGGGAAGUCAUCUCAAGUCACCUUAAU